GCCGCCGCGAUGUGGGCCGUCCUGCCGCUGCUCUGCGCCGGGGCUUGGCUCCGGGGCCCCCCGACCUGCGGCGCCGCCGAGCUGUCCGUGAGCUCCUUAGAGAAGUUUCACUUUAAGUCAUGGAUGCUGCAGCACCAGAAGAAAUACAGCGUGGAGGAGUACCCUCACCGGCUGCAGACGUUCGUCAGCAACUGGAGGAGGAUCAGUGCCCACAACGCUGGGAACCACACAUUCAAAAUGGGACUGAACCAAUUUUCAGACAUGAACUUUGCUGAAUUAGAACGCAAGUAUCUUUGGUCAGAGCCUCAGAAUUGCUCAGCUACCAAAGCUAACUACCUUCGGGGUACUGGUCCCUACCCACCCUUUGUGGACUGGCGGAAAAAAGGAAAUUUUGUCUCACCAGUGAAAAAUCAGGGCGGCUGUGGCAGUUGCUGGACCUUCUCCACCACAGGGGCCCUGGAGUCUGCGGUCGCCAUCGCAACUGGGAAGCUGCUCUCUUUGGCAGAGCAGCAGCUGGUGGACUGCGCCCAGAACUUCAACAAUCACGGCUGCCAAGGGGGUCUCCCCAGCCAGGCCUUCGAGUACAUCCGAUACAACAAAGGCAUCAUGGGUGAAGACACCUACCCCUACAAGGCCCAGGAUGGUGACUGCAAGUUCCAGCCCAGUAAGGCCAUUGCUUUUGUCAAGGACGUAGCCAACAUCACACUCAACGACGAAGAGGCGAUGGUGGAGGCAGUGGCCUUGUACAACCCUGUGAGCUUUGCCUUUGAGGUGACUGGUGACUUUAUGAUGUACAGAAAGGGCAUCUACUCCAGUACUUCCUGUCAUAAAACUCCAGAUAAAGUAAACCAUGCAGUACUGGCUGUUGGGUAUGGAGAAGAAAAUGGGAUACCCUACUGGAUCGUGAAGAACUCUUGGGGUCCCCAGUGGGGAAUGAACGGGUACUUCCUCAUUGAGCGUGGGAAGAACAUGUGUGGUCUGGCCGCCUGUGCCUCCUACCCCAUCCCUCUGGUGUGAGCCAGGAGGCCAGCAGUGACUGGUUGGCAGAGAAAGGGAAGAGCGGGCAGCCUGGCCAUUGGUGGAAGUCCUGCCCUGGAGGAAGUGGUGGGGAUCUCCACUCAGGGACCCCUCACUUUGCAUCCUCACCCCCGUGCCGUGUCCAGAAACCUAAAGAAAACGAAGAAAAACUCCACUAAGCAACACAUCUUCUGACGCAAAGGAUCACCAGCCUUGUGCCUUUAAGCAUGAUUUUUAACCGACUCAAACCCACAUGGACCAAGAAUAUUCUUUCCUUCCAGAAGGGCUACUUUUCACAUUUGGAGAGUACUCCAGUGCCUGUCUUUUCUGUGGUCUUUAUUCAAUAAACAUUCAGUGAGCACCUC